CCGGCAUGGCCAUGUCUUCCUCCGGCACGCUGAGCAACUACUACGUGGACUCCUUCCUGCUGCACGAGAACGAGGAGCUGGUGCCUUCCCGCUACGGCUCGGCUCCUCUGGGCCAGGCGGGCCGGCAGGCGGGCCUGGGCGAGCACCCGGACUUCGCCCCCUGCAGCUUCCAGUCCAAGGCGGCCGUCUUCAGUGCCUCCUGGAACGCCGUGCACCCGCCCAGCGCCGGCAAUGUGCCCGCCGCCGCCGCCGCCGUGUACCACCCGUACGUGCACCCGCAGGCCCCCCUGGCAGCAGCGCCCGACGGCAGGUACAUGCGUUCGUGGCUGGAGCCCAUUCCGGGCUCCCUCUCUUUCCCCGGCUUGCCCGCCAGCAGGCAUUACGGCAUUAAACCGGAACCGCUCCCGGCCCGGCGGGGUGACUGUACCACCUUUGACACGCACGCACUCUCCCUGACUGACUUUGCUUGUGGUUCUCCUCCAGCUGAUAGGGAUAAGCAAGCCAACGACGGGCCCUUCUCGGAAAACAAUGGGGACAGCGAGGCCAACGGAGACAAACCCCAGCUCGACCCAAAUAACCCCUCUGCGAACUGGUUGCACGCGAGAUCCACCCGGAAAAAGCGCUGCCCUUACACCAAGCACCAAACGCUGGAGCUGGAGAAAGAAUUCCUCUUCAACAUGUAUCUCACCAGGGACCGACGGUACGAAGUGGCCCGGCUGCUGAAUCUAACCGAGAGACAAGUGAAAAUCUGGUUUCAGAACCGGAGGAUGAAAAUGAAGAAAAUCAACAAGGACCGAGCAAAGGACGAAUGAGGCCCGGGGUGCGGGUUCCCCCCUCCAGCUGCAGAAUUCUCCUCCUCCAACGCAACACA